AUGGCUUCUAUUAAGACUAUUCUCUUCGGCCUCUUUGCCAGCACGGCAUUGGCGGUUCCCUCUGGCCCUAGAUUUACCAAACGCCAACUCCAAUACCACGAUCUCUCCAGGCGUCAGAACGAUGCUGCGGCUGCAGCUGGUCUCAACGAUUUCGAUAUCCUCCAAUUCGCCUUGACACUGGAACAUCUCGAGGAUACAUUCUACCGCGAGGCCUUCCUCACCAUCUCGGAUGAGCAGUUCGCUCCCCUUGGCCUCUCGGACAGCACACUCGCAGAUAUCAAGGCCAUUGGUAAGACCGAGGCCUCUCACGUGGUUCUCCUCCAGUCCGCCCUCGCCGGUGCCGGCUUCACACCCGUUGAGGAGUGCACAUACGACUUUGGAGGAGCCACUGCCGAUCCCGCUGCCAUGGUUGCCACGGCUGCUAUCCUCGAGAGCGUGGGUGUAUCAGCCUACCUCGGCGCCGCACCACUACUCUCGGACCCCGGUGUUCUGGGCACCGCCGGAGCAAUUCUCACCGUCGAAGCCCGCCAUCAAACUGCCAUCCGAGUCUUCUCUCAGGCCAAGGCCGUUCCCCAGCCCUUGGACACACCUCUCGGUCCCCGAGCCGUCUUCUCCCUUGCCGCGCCCUUCAUUAAGGCGUGCCCCGAAGGGUCCAACCUCAAGAUCGAAGCAUUCCCCGCUCUGGCCAUGGCAGAGGGCCAGGAUGCCAAGGCUGUCGCCAUUGGAACCAAGGUGAAGCUCGCUUCUGAAGCCGCAGCUGGUGCGAAGUUCUGCGGCUUCACCUCUGGCGGUCUUCUCCCCGGAGGAACCAAGUUCACCGCGUUCACCGAGGGAGAAGGCUGUGAGGUUCCUCAGGGCGCUGCUGGUAUUGUUUAUGUCACAUUGACCAGCGCUGGGCCUAUUGAGGGUCUUUUGUCUGAUGAUAUUACCAUGGCCGGGCCCAUGGUCCUGACUCUCUCUUAG